AGCACAGAACACGCCUUCUGGUUCUCUGAAUCGCGUUUGAGAGGUUUGUCGUAUCCUGUAUCGUCGCCGGAAAGCUAGCUUCAAAGAAUCGAAUCAUUAUUUUCUGCGUCGUAAAAUGGAAAUCUGGUUUUGAUACUAUAAGGAGAAAAGACACACACACAUGCGUUGAACUGAAAGGUAAGAAUCCAUUUUAGAACGGAGACAGUAUCACACCAUUGCAGCAGACGGUGUUCGGCUCGAGGGUUCUCCAGUACCCCUCUGCCUGGACAGUUCACAGCGGAGCUCCAUCUGCAACUCUUCCAUCUUCCUCAUCCUCACACCUUCCAUCCCGGCUUCAUCCUGCUGAGCCCGCUCAUUGACACCGCCUUUUUUCCUUUUUGUGGGUCGCUUUUCCCCCCAAGCCCUUCACACCAUGUUAAUGUACUUUAAACGCGAUGGUCUCCUCUGGGGUGGACCCAUUCAGAUAUAGCAGACACACAACGGAAUACAAAGAAAAGUUGUUGCAUUGCAAGAGGCGCCUUCAUAGGAUGCUCAAGCCUUCCAUUCAAAUCGAACUGCUUUAUUUUCUUGCCCUGCCUUGUUUAUAGACGGCAGAUGGCCAACUGCUCGCUGUAUCUGCAAUUCGAAAAUGUGUUUGAACUACUGGACACCUAGCAGCUAGGGAAAGGACUCAGAAUUGAUAGGUCGUGCAUACAGCUCAUUGCACAUCCUUACUUGACCUCCUCGGGACAGCUGAAGCGGGAUCUUUUCAACUAUGCACAGAACCCUGGGCAUAUCUCAAUAUCACGUCGGCAACCCCUGUUACUGAAAUCGCGAGCGUGGAACUCUAUGAGGGACACGAUGACCCAUCUGCACGCCGGCCUGAGCUCCGAGACGACGGAGAAGGCUCGCCUGGAGCUGAACGAGAACCCGGACACUCUGCACCAGGACAUCCAGCAAGUGAGGGACAUGAUCAUCACGAGGCCCGACAUCGGGUUCCUGCGCACCGACGACGACUUCAUCCUGCGCUUCCUCAGAGCCCGCAAGUUCAACCAGAUCGAGACGUUCAAGCUGCUGGCCCAGUACUUCCAGUACCGGCAGCAGAACCUGGACAUGUUCCAGAGCUUCAAAGCCGACGACCCCGGGAUCAAACGGGCGCUGAUGGACGGGUUCCCUGGCGUCCUGGAGACCCCAGAUCAGUACGGGAGGAAAAUACUCAUCCUUUUUGCGUCUAACUGGGACCAGAGUAGGAACUCUUUCACCGACAUCUUGCGGGCCAUACUGCUGUCCCUGGAAGUCCUGAUAGAAGACCCUGAGCUGCAGAUUAACGGGUUCAUCUUAAUCAUUGACUGGAGCAACUUCUCCUUCAAACAAGCCUCCAAGCUCACCCCCACCAUACUCAAGCUCGCCAUUGAAGGACUGCAGGACAGCUUCCCUGCUCGAUUUGGUGGAAUCCAUUUCGUCAACCAGCCAUGGUACAUUCAUGCUUUGUACACAAUAAUCAAGCCCUUCCUCAAAGACAAGACCAGGAAACGGAUUUUUCUUCAUGGAAACAAUCUGAAUAGUUUACACCAGCUGAUUUACCCAGAAUGCUUGCCAUCUGAGUUUGGCGGAACACUGCCCCCCUACGACAUGGGCAUGUGGGCUCGGACAUUGUUAGGCCCGGACUAUAAUGAUGAGACCGAAUACACGCACACGUACGACGCGCUUCACGUGAAGGAGGCUCUUGGAAUCUCUGAGAAAGAGUGUUCCGAUAAACUUAUGAAAAGGUCACAGUCAGUGGUGGAGCCCGGGACACUGCGGCACCAGGACCGGGACGAGGACACCGCGCAGCCCCUGCUGGCUCUGGACUGAGCCAAUCCCACGGGCGGCCAGCGGUAAGAGCGCGCGUCUGGGCCGCGCAAUCACUCAGACUGGAUCUGGACUCGCCAUGCUCUAUGCUUGCUUUUUUUAUGGCAAAUCCCAUCAACUUCUGUUGCUAAGUUCAGCCGACAAAAAAAGAUCACCGGACCAUCUUUUUCUGCAAUGAACAAGCAGCGCAGAAAAAAAAAAAAUUUAGAUUUGCAGCAAUGGGUGGUCUUAACUGUGUGUGACUGUAAAUGCUUCUUUUCUCUGACAGUCAAA